UCAGUUCGCGUCCAAGGCCGCGCGAGGUGAGCGUGUCGUGACCUGCUGUCGUAUGGAUAUUAUUACUUUAUUCUGGCAUUUUUUUCUAAUUAAAAAAAUACUAAGACUAGAAGAAACUUAGCACAUGACGAUGAUGCUGUUUUGGCCGCAAUAAAUGAUUCGGAUUUCGGAGAAGACUCUGAUGAAGAUGAGAACUGGGUGCCGCCAGGGGAAGAGCCUGAUAGUCCAUCAGAUGAAGACCAAGAGGAUGAUGUUAGGGCUCCUGUUGUGGCAGCACCAGCCACUACAAAUACCUGGACCAAACGGUCUUUUCGUGGAAAGCCUAUGCCAUCAGUAGCUUCAUAAAUGAUUCGGAUUUCGGAGAAGACUCUGAUGAAGAUGAGAACUGGGUGCCGCCAGGGGAAGAGCCUGAUAGUCUAUCAGAUGAAGACCAAGAGGAUGAUGUUAGGGCUCCUGUUGUGGCAGCACCAGCCACUACAAAUACCUGGACCAAACGGUCUUUUCGUGGAAAGCCUAUGCCAUCAGUAGCUUCAUCUAUGGAAGAGGUAAGGUCGCCUUCUGAAUACUUUGAAAAGUAUUUACCAGAAGAUAUUUUUGAGAAGUUUGCACUGUACACCAAUAUAUACUACCAAACAACUAAAAACGAGACACUAAAACAUCCAAUCACCGCAGCUGAGGUAAAGAAGUUCUUUGGUGUUAAUGGUAUUCUUGGCUGUGUAAAAUAUCCCAGGAUCAAGAUGGCGUGGCUUCAGCGUUUCAGGUUGCCAUAUAUAACAGAGGCAUUGACCAGGGACAGGUUCUUUCUGAUUAGGACCAAUUUACACAUCGUUGACAAGUCAGCAGUUGAGGCUCAAGAAAAAAAUCGUAAUCGGCUAUGGCUUGUUCAGCCACUGAUUGACUCGGUGCGUAACAGAUGCUUAGAAUUGCCCAGGGAUCAUGGUACCUAUUCCAUUGAUGAACAAAUGGUUCCAUUUCUCGGAAAAUGCCCAGUAAAACAAUAUGUUCCUGGAAAGCCCAGACCAGUGGGCCUGAAAAACUUUGUUAUUACAUCGUCCAGGGGCUUGAUUAUAGAUUUUGAAAUAUAUCAAGGUAACACUACGCCCCUACCCAAUACUUCACUUGGUCUAGGCCCAUCCGUUGUACUCAGAUUGAUAUCAACAUUGCCUAAAGGUAGUUUUAUAUUUUUUGAUCGGUAUUUCACAACUAUUCCCCUGAUGGAGAAAUUGAUUGAUGAGCAAAUCGAUGGCACUGGAACUUUGAUGACCAACAGAUUCAAGGGAUACACAUUUAAGAAGGACUCACAAAUGAAGCGAGGGGACUAUGAAGAGGUAGUGAACGCAGGAAGAAAUGUCUGCGUAGUUAAAUGGAAAGAUAGCAAACCUGUGUUGAUGACUUCCACGUGUCUUGGCAGUCAGCCUUUGGUAGAGGUAGAGCGAUGGGACAAAACAAGUAAAAGUUAUAUCUCUGUUCCGUGUCCCAAUAUAGUUAAAAAGUACAACGAGAACAUGGGCGGGGUUGAUGUCAGUGAUCAGAUGUUGGAAGCAUACAGGUCUUGGCACAAAUCACGGAAGUGGCCUGUAAAAGUAUUCAUGCAUCUCUUCGAUAUGUCACUAGUUAACUCUUGGUAUGAAUUGAAUAUCGUAAAGCAUCACUAUCGAACAAACAGAAAUACAUGGAUUUUUUAGAUUUCAAGCUGACUGUGUCUGAUUUUUUGCUGGGUGGAACAAGUAGGAAGAGGCAACGUGAUCCUACGGAUGAUUUGGCUCAGAUGCCUAAAACAUCACAUUACAAACCUGCUACAAUACCAACAAUAGACAAAAGACUUGAUGGCUAUAAUCAUUGGCCUAUUGUGGAUACGAUAAAAGCCCCGCGAUGUUGUAGACUAAAGGGUUGCAACAGUCGGUCAAAAGUGAGGUGCACAAAGUGCGAUGUUUAUCUUUGCAGUACCAAGGAUAACCAUUGUUUCUUUAAAUUUCAUAAUGAAAAAUAACAAGGAAUUCACCCCUCAUUAUUUUUAUUUAGCUAUAUUGAUGAAAAAAAGGUGAUUUAAGUUACGUCCAAAGAUAAAUGAUAAUUAAGACUGAGAUAAUUGUUCCUAAUAAGAAAUAAAUGUUAAUUUUGUUGAUUAUGUCUAAGAAAAAGACUGUUUAAAUGUUAAAUAAAUAAAACGGUUCCUUUAAUUUGAAUUUUGAGGCAGAUUUUAUUAUGAUUAAAGUUUAAUUUUCUAUAUUAAAUAGUUUUAUUUAUCAACCCUCACGAUCGUGAGGGUACCACCAGCACUGGGCCCGAACCCUCACAAUUGUGAGCGUGCUGGAAAACCUAUUUCCCAUUUUCCUUUAAUUUUUUCACUAGCAUUUUCGUUUUCAGCUACCCUAAAUUAGCUAAAAACAUUACCUUUCUUUGUGAAAUACUUUACCAUGUGGAGUCAGGUCUGAAAGGGAAAGAAAAUAUCUAUCUUUGUGGCUACGUGCGCAAGAACUUUACUUUUUUAUUAGUGACUUCUUUAUGGCGGGUGAUGAGUUCAAUUGGGUUCGAAUGGAAAAGAGUGAACAAGAGGAAAAUAAUAAUGGAGAGAGGAGAUAUUGCUAUCGCCAGAUAUACAUUUCUGGAAUUGGCAAAAGAAAUAGAAAAUUGGGACAACGUCGUCUUUAUAGAUGAGACAUGGCUGAAUGCCAAU